GGAGUGACAGGCAACCUUUCUUGCUUGCAUUUUUCGGCAGGGCUAGGAGGAGGGGAAGGAGGAAGAAGGGUGUAGAAGAUAGAGGAUGUGAAUUUUGGGAGUUAUGAAUCUCCUCGAUUUCACUGCCUUCUGCAUCUCUCUUGAACCAGCACAAUCCUUCUGUUAUUCAGAGAAUUCCAGUGCAAAUUACUUGAGUGAGAGCUUUUUCAUGGUGAAAGGAGCCGCUCUCUUUUUACAGCAAGGCAACAGUCCCCAAGGUCAUCGAGGCCUUCAGCAUCCUCACAAACCCGCAGGUGACCUGCCUCAGCAUCUUCAAGUAAUGAUCAAUCUUCUGCGCUGUGAGGACAGAAUCAAACUGGCGGUGCGUUUGGAAAGCGCCUGGGCAGACCGCGUCCGCUACAUGGUGGUGGUGUACAGCAGUGGACGGCAGGACACUGAAGAGAAUGUCUUGCUGGGAGUGGAUUUCUCCAGCAAGGAGAGUAAAAGCUGUACCAUCGGGAUGGUGCUGCGGUUGUGGAGCGACACAAAGAUUCAUCUUGACGGGGAUGGUGGAUUCAGUGUGAGCACAGCAGGAAGGAUGCACAUUUUCAAGCCAGUGUCUGUCCAAGCCAUGUGGUCCGCCCUUCAGGUCCUGCACAAGGCCUGCGAGGUGGCCCGGAGGCACAACUACUUCCCUGGAGGUCUGGCGCUGGUCUGGGCCACCUAUUACGAGAGCUGCGUCGGCUCCGACCAGAGCUGCAUCAACGAGUGGAACGCCAUGCCCGACCUCGAGUCAACGCGCCCCGACUCCCCCGCCCUCUUCGUCGACAAACCCACGGAAGGAGAGAGAACCGAACGUCUCAUCAAAGCCAAACUCCGCAGCAUCAUGAUGAGCCAGGACCUAGAGAAUGUGACUUCGAAAGAGAUCCGGAAUGAAUUGGAGAAGCAGAUGAAUUGCAAUUUAAAGGAAUUCAAAGAAUUCAUAGACAAUGAGAUGCUGCUUAUUCUGGGACAGAUGGACAAACCCUCACUUAUCUUUGAUCACCUUUACCUGGGUUCUGAGUGGAACGCAUCUAACCUGGAGGAGCUGCAAGGUUCGGGUGUUGACUACAUCUUAAAUGUAACUAGGGAAAUAGAUAACUUUUUUCCCGGCUUGUUUGCGUAUCAUAAUAUCAGAGUCUACGAUGAAGAGACAACGGAUCUCCUUGCCCAUUGGAACGAAGCAUAUCAUUUCAUCAAUAAGGCCAAGAAGAACCACUCCAAGUGCCUGGUGCACUGCAAGAUGGGAGUCAGCCGGUCAGCGUCCACGGUCAUUGCUUACGCCAUGAAGGAGUUCGGCUGGCCCCUGGAGAGGGCCUACAGCCACGUCAAGGAGAAGCGCGGCAUCGCCAGGCCCAACGCGGGCUUCAUGCGGCAACUGUCCGAGUACGAGGGCAUCCUGGAUGCCAGCAAACAGCGUCACAACAAGCUGUGGCAGCAGCAGGCCCAAAGCCGCCUCCCCUCCGCGGGCCGGUUCCACCCCCCCGGGCCCGGUGACUUUCUGCUGGACAACCUGGACGUUGACCUCGAGAGCCCCAUGGCGGGCUUGGGGGAGGCCCCCCAGCCCGGCUUCCCGCCCGGCCAGACCCCCGGCGGGCGCCCCUUCCCUCCCUGCUUCCGCCGGCUCUCCGACCCCGCCGCCCGCGAUGCGCUCUUCCAUCUGGACGAGCUGGAGAGAGACGCCCUCCUGGAGGAGGACGAGGAGGAGGAGGAGGACGGGGCGGGACGGGCUGCCUCGGUCUCAGAGCCCGACUGUCCCCGGCUGGAAGGGCCCGGCGAGGAGCAAGGGGAGAAGGGGCUCCCCGCGGCCUUCGGCGAGGAGAUGGAGAGAGACGAGGUCCCCGGGAUGCUGGGAGAGGCUAGCUGCCCCAACCUGGAGAACCUGAACAACAACAACAGCAAGAGGAGCUGCCCCGAUGACUUUGAGAACGAUGCCAUAUUUGGGAUCCUGAGCAAAGUGAGGCCUUCCUACCAGUCCUGCGCCGACUGCAUGUACUCUUCUGCCCGGACGACCUCUGAGGCCUUCGGGGAACCGCGGGAGAGCUUCGGGGCUCCCGCCAUCUGUACCCAGCCGUCCCUCCUGCCCCAUCUCCUCCCGGCCCCGCCGAACCGGGACCCCAGCCUCCGGGCCCCCCGGCCUCCGGCCCGCCCGAGUGCGAGCCCCCUGGCCCCGGGGCCAGAUCCCGGCCGCUGGGAACCGCCGGGGAGGAUCGAGGAGACGCCCAAGGGCCCUCGGAGACUCCUGCCCAAGACCCUGCCUCUGACGAAGAACUCCCAGGUGGCCGGGGAGGAGCCGCCGCCCCCCAAGAAGGACGUCAGGCCGCCCAGGGACCCCCGGCUCCAGCUCUUCGGUCAGGAGCUGGCCAAGUCCAACGCCACCAGUUACCUGAUGCAGCACCAGGAGUCCCUCAUCCAGCUGCAGAAGGCGGGCCUCGUGCGCAAGCACACCAAAGAGCUGGAGCGCCUCAAAGGGGCGCCGGCCGAGGCCGCGACCCCCGGCGGGCCGGACCAGGGGAGUCCCCGGCCCCCGGGACCGGCCGGUGCCCCGGCGCGGGACAGGUCGCCUCAGAAACUCAACGUCCCGGCCCCGUCGCGGGCAGAACUCUCGGGCAGCUUGACGAGAGACUUCCUGAAGACCGUCUGCUCCACCCCGCCCUCCUCCUCCCGCAGCUCCAACCUGACCCGCAGCUCCAGCAGCGACAGCAUCCACAGCGUGCACGGGAAGCCGGGCCUGGUGAAGCAGCGGACCCAGGAGAUCGAGACCCGCCUGCGGCUGGCCGGCCUGACGGUCUCCUCCCCGCUGAAGCGUUCCCACUCCCUCGCCAAGCUCGGGAGCCUCGAUUUCUCCUCGGAGGACCUGGCAGGGGAGGUCGACGUGGCCUGUGGCCGGCGGGGCGAACCUUCCCCGUUGCCCGAGCCGCGACCCCUGCUCUGUCCGGCCUCGGGUCCGGAGGGGGCCCCGGCAGGCCCCCCGGGGAAUCCCGAGAGCCCCCCGUGGACCGGAAAGAGUUGACCCACAUUUUCGUCUUCCUGGGCGUCACGGUUUUGCCCACCUCUCCCUCCCUUCCCCGUCCUCUCCCGUUCGCUUUGCACCCUUCUCGGCACCCCAAACUCCAGCUUUGUCCUCCCACAGAGCAAUUACUUUUGGGGGUUUUUUUCUUUGGGUUUUUGUUUUUCCUCCAUCACGUGAAGGCCCCAAGGAGGGAAAAUAACGCACACGAGAAUCACGAGAAAGCGCUGGUCGUUUGCAUGGUCGUGGGGAUCUGGGCGCUGCCUAUUACUAAUGCAGAACAACACCCACCCCCACCCAGACUGUUUGCCAAUAAUCUAAGAAAAUGAACCUGCACAUAUGUGGGCAUGUACGUAUGUAUAUAUACGCAUAUGUAUGCACGUCAAAGAAACUCGGUUCCAACUCCACAGCGUGCACAGUAACAGUAGCAAAAUCCAAGCAUGAGAUUUCCAACUCAUCCAAACCCUUGUGGAAAAACUCUUGGAAAACGAUGUCAAUUCUACCUCUGUUCUUGCUGUAUUUUUUUUAAACCGCGUCCAUAAUCGAGGCUUAAUCCAGAGAGGAACGUAAGUUACAUUGGCAAAGGCCUUCUCAAGUGUUAUCCGUCUGGACCCAGAAGAGUAUUAAGUUAGAAUCUUUACUGCACCGAGUAAGACUAGCCAAGUCAAGUGAAGCCGUUUGGAAUCGUCUGUAACGACUCCGUCACGUGGGACAGAGCGGAUGGUGGAGUGUUUUUCCCGCCGUCAGGAGGCGUCGGGUUUGGAACGGGGAGAAAGGCCUCCUCCUGACGUGUCGGCGAGUAGCGGCACUGAAGCUUCCUCCGGGACGGUAGCCUCGACGGGCUCACCUCACGAGGACCCAGAAAUCCCCAGCGGGGCUGGACGAUCGUGCUUCUGCCCUAAAAUCUAUAAUGUCGCUUGGCCCGAGACGGGGGGUGGUUCCUGAUGAAGGCCUGGGAUUUCGGCCACGGAUCCCGACGCUGUCCUGUUUCAGCUAUGGGGAGCCGGGGGUGGGGGGAGCCCGAGGGUUGACUGUAAAUUCCCCACGCUCCCUAAUUUUGCAGUUUACGGCAGAAACUCCAGGCAGCAGGAGCUUCACGGAGGGAAGAGAGAGUUACCCAAGUGCUCCGGAAGCGUCUGUAGAUGGGUGUUCACCCUCUGCAAGGAGACAAUUAUUUUCUUCUCUCCUGUCUGGGUGCCAGGCUUGGGUUGUGGGAGCCGUAGAGUUAGGGGAAGAGACCCAGAGAACAGAGAGGAGUGGUGAGAGGAGACAGCUGAGAGGAAUUCCCUCUGGAAACUGGGGUCAUUCAGGUAGGAUAAAGGAAGUCCAUCUGGAAUCAUCAUGCCAAAUAGUACAAGGAACCUAAAAAAAAAUUUGCUUUUCCAAAGGAUUCAAAAUGUUCAACUUUAGAAAUGAAAUAUCGCCAGCAGCCCUGCCGGGAAAAAACAUGGGGUUUAAAAGAGAACAUCUCUCCUCGUCACCCCGAGGUAAAAUUUGGUACCCUGUUCCUUGUCCCCCUCGACCUUUCACCUUCUGAGCAGGCCUCAUGCACUACCCAAAAGCAAUAUGCGGGAGACCCUGAUCCUAAGUUUUUCUAGCAUUACUGCUGGUCUGCUACUGGCUUCUUGCUAGAAGAUCAAGAAAAGUUCUGAGGCAAAAUUUCGUUGUUGAGGGAUUUUGGUUUUCUGACAACUGUCAAUCGGUCAUUUAUUGAGCACUCACUCUGUGCAGAGCACUGUACUAAGCCCUUGGGAGAGUAUAGUACAGCAGAGUUGGAAGACAUGUUCCCUGACCACGAGGAGCUUAAAGUCUAGAGGUUGUUGGAAAUUUUCCCUAAAGGCAAUUAUGGAUCAUUUUCUGAAAAACCUUGAAGGGAGUAGAGAAGAGGGGGAUUGCUGCCCAAAACAGGGAAAAUUUAAAAACAAAAAAGGUCGGGGGAGGGUUGUUCAAUACUUUUUUUUUUCCAAAGCAGAUUUCAUGUGGCAGGUAUUUUGGGGGUCAAAAAUGAGCUUUUAAAAUCAGUGAUAGACUUGUUAGUUCAAAUGUGUGAGUGUUGCACACACGUAAGAGUGAGCGCUGAUUGCUUUUGCAAACUUUCAUUUCGAAAGCCAUAAAUCCACAAACGUUUUUAAAGAGAGAAAGAGAUGGCAAAUGGAAGCUUACUUUGCGCAAAUGUCUCAGGACCUUUUUGCGUGGGCGCUGCAAGAGAGCCUGAUGGUGAAGUGUUCCCGCAGCCAUUCUAGAUGGGGGCAAGGAUCGCAGAUUAAGCUAAUGGUCCAGACUCAAGGCAAGAUACAGAAAUGAGGCUAUUGCCGGCAUAAUUUAAGGCACAGAAACCCGUCGGGGUUACAGAAGGUAUGUGGGAGCAGACCACGUGUUUCAAUUUCUUGGAUCACUGGUUCCGUCCUGUAUCGCUUGGAAGGGCAUAAGAGAGAUGUCACAGAUUUCCGUGCGGACUGACGACUGAAUUUUACAUAGGCCCCUUAGCAUUAAGGAGCCUUGCCACGUAUGUUUUGCUUCUACUAGCCAGUCAAAUUCCUGUGCCACCCUGGGGAUUAGAUAAAAUUUCGCCAUUCAUUUUGGAUUUGGGGGUGAAAAAAAUACAUUUUAAAGUUACGCUGUUUUCUGACAGACAUCUUCAAAAGCACAAUCACCCUGAGUACGUCUUGAGGUUGUAAAACGUCAAUAAUUCGGGUGAAUUUUAUUUUCACGGAAAUGUGUCUUUUGUACCUAUGUCCGAAAGGAAUCGUGUCCCAGAUCUGUUUGUACCCUCUGACCUCCCGUAGCGUUUUCUCUUGGGUCCCUCCUAAAAACUCCCUCAGUUUUGAUCUGGAAUCUAGUAUUAAUGCGAUAUACCUGCUAUUAAAGGGUAAGUGCAUUUGUAAGGUGAAAGCUAUUGCAUUUGUCAUUUGGAUGUUAUUGUUUUUUUAAAAUUCUGUGAUUGUAUUGAAAAUGUGUGUAUGGGGGGAAGCAGAAGAAGGAAAACACAGCAGACUAGAAUGAACCCUAUCACUCUCGUUUGGCAAGUGCAGAUUUCCAGGGUGAUUUUUUUUCUUUUAUUAAUAUUAUUAUUAUUUUUUUAAAAAAUCCAUGCCAUCACUUAGAGCUUAACUGGCUCACAGUUGGAAUAUUCCUGGGCUAUACAUCUUCCCCAGAGUGGAGAGUUUUAACACGUUCACAUCCCUCCUGGACCUCAGGCCUUACGAAGAGCAAGGGAAUCCAGCCCGGGAUCUGGCUAGAAUCUAAAUGGGACGUAGAUUCUAGCCGCCUCAUUAUACAGAUUACUCAUGAAAGCAUGUGUAGAUUCCCGCACCCACGUAAUUUCUUCAUUACCAUCUGCUUGAUAAACAAUUCCGCCUUUCCCUCCCCCCUCAUCCUUUGGCCAAUCCCCCUUUUGCCUCGACAAGCCCAAAGGUCAGUCAUUCAACCAAAGGUACUUAAUGAGCUCCUACUGUAUGCAGAGCACUGAAUCAAGUGCUUGAGAGAGCACAGUACUAUGGAGUUUAUAAUCUAGUUUGGUCACUGUAAGGAGGAAUGGCAGAUUCUGCAGUAGAGAAGCAACUGCAGGUAGAAUCCUUCUCUCCCUACUCUCCCUCCUCCUCCCCAAUCCACACAGACCCAGAAACAGUUGUUUACUCACAUGAUAUGCUGCCUGGGUUUGAGAAAGGAGACCAACCCGUGUUUUCGCCUUGGGGUCAUACUGUCAAGCGCAAGCUACAUGCAGUCGAUUGAACGUACGCCGUGCCUCCCAUUGGCAGAAGAGGCAGAGAAGGGGCAUCCGAUGUCUUAAAAGUCGGUCGCGUCAGAGUAAAUUUCGUCGAUUUCUAAUAGGUCGGGAGGUUUCCCCAGUGACAAAGCUGUCCCCAGUCGGAGGACGUGAUACAGUUCAGAAAAUGUGCGGUUCUGUCCCCCUCCUCAGAUCAGGCCCAUUUUCCUGUUUAUCUCAUGCCUACCACAGGGGCCGUUAUACCCAGUAUCCGGUUUUUCUUUCUCCGUCUUCCCUUCAGCUUUGCAUUUUGCGCGUGCGGCUCUAAAUACUAUAUCCGGAGAGAGUUGAAAAUAGGUAGCUUGAGCCGAAUGAUUCAUGCCUCUUUCGAAUCCCACCUCACACACGUGCCCCCGUGCCCCGGGAGCAGAGGUAAUUCGUGACUCAGAGAUCUAAAGCUACUCAGCGGUACCACCGGUGGAUGAGAGAAGAUGGAUUUUUCUUUUCGAAAGACCAGCCUCUGCCACGCCAACUUCGAAGGGAGUCAAAAGGCAGAGGACGGUCAGCUUGCGAGCCGCUCGGCUCGGCUGAGCGACGGUUGGGCCUUCCUUCCCUCCCUCCCCUUACGUACUGUAAUCACCAGUUUGACAAUUGAGUGCCUUAAUGAUAGUUUACGAAUACUGUGUAUUUACGCUAAGCUGUUAAACACCGCUGAUUGUUCGGAUGCUUUCGUGUUCGCGGUGGAAGUUCGCGUUCGCCAUUGCGCUCGUUCUAUUCCGCCGAGGCCCUUCAUUGGGGGGGUGGUCUCGUCAGCGUGCGAUUCGAGGUCACGACCCCGAGUUCGCCUGUCCCCCGAGAGGAGCUGACCUUUCCUCCGGGGUGGUGACAAGCAGCGGGGGGUCUGACCACCGGGCCCCCCUAGAAUUUUCUGUUGACGGGGUCGGCGUCUUCCGGCGUGGAUGUCGUUGAGCCGAUACAAGUCAGUUUUAGCAGCACAACCAGUCAGUGCAGGCGGCCCCCAUUUUAUGAUUUGUUAUUAUUAUUAUUAUUCCUUCUCCAGAGAGUUGACUGCUUGGGCCCUUCUUCUUUUCUUCAAGGGCUCUUCCCCAAGUGCUUCAGCCUGCAGAGAGACUCUAAAUGGGUGGCUCUUCCCUUUUAGGCUUUCAUGAAGGAGCCUAGCGUUUACCAAGGAGAAUAGGCAAUAGGUGAUCCGGGGCAUAGUCGUACUCAUGCUAUCGUUUGCCAUUGUUUUUUAUUCAUUUUAUAUAUAUAUAUUUAAACAGCCGUAUCUUUUGUACUGUAAAUGUGCAGUAGGAGAUGCAUAAUGCACUUUUUUUUUUAAGUUCUGUUGGUGUGUAUUGAACAUACUACGUGUGCUUCUUGUGAGGAAAAUAAAGUUUUUCCUUGACAGAU